AUGUCUUACCAACAGCAACAGUGCAAGCAGCCCUGCCAGCCUCCUCCUGUGUGCCCACCCCCAAAGUGCCCUGAGCCUUGCCCUCCUCCAAAGUGCCCUGAGCCUUGUCCUCCCCCAAAGUGCCCUGAGCCUUGCCCUCCUCCCCAAUGUCAGCAGAAAUUGCCUCCUGUGCAACCUCCUCCACCCUGCCAGCAGAAGUGCCCACCCAAUAGCAAGUGA